AUGGAUGAUUUUACUACCCAAAAUAAAACGAAGAAAAAUGAUGACGUGUUUGAAUAUAUUGUAACCGAUAUUAGGAAUGAUGAGUUUGAAGAAGGAGAGUUUAUUAUUGCUCCUCAAGAGAGUGAGGAUAAAGAGUACCAACAGAAAAGAGCUGGUGGGGUUUUCAAAAAUGUGCAACACUUCUUAGUUAAUGUCUCCAAAAAGGUGGACUCAUUAGGAGUGGAGUCGACUGGUAUCGAUCGUAUCAGCCCAGAUGCAAGAGGUAGUUAUAGAAAACAGUUACUACACGUUUCUGGGCUUUGGUUGAGUGCUACUGGUGGGCUAUCAUCGAUGUCAACGUUUUUGUUAGGUCCACUACUUUUUGAACUGACGUUGAAACAAUCCUUAGUGGCCGGUAUAUUGGGAAUGUUUAUCGGUUGUUUAGUGGCUGCAUAUUGCUCCAUAAUGGGUCCACAAUCAGGAUGCAGACAGAUGGUUACUGCAAGAUUUUUAUUCGGAUGGUGGUUUGUAAAAUUUGUUGCAUUAGCUGCUAUCACCGGUGUGAUGGGAUGGUCUGUUGUUAAUGCUGUUGUAGGCGGCGAAAUGCUGGCAUCUAUAUCAGAUGACAAAGUUCAGUUGUGGGUAGGGAUCGUGAUUGUAUCCGUGUUAUCAUUCGUUGUGGCAACAUUCGGUAUUAAACAGGUUUUAAAAGUGGAAACAUAUUUUGCUAUUCCCGUCCUAACAUGUUUCCUACUACUAUACAUAAGUUCCAGCGAUAAAUAUUAUAUGUUAAAUACAUUCAAGAAUGACGAUGUGGACCCACUAACUAUAAAAGGUAACUACAUGUCAUUUUUCUCUCUAUGUUACAGUAUUACGGCAACAUGGGGGUCAAUCACAUCAGAUUACUACAUUUUAUUCCCAGAAGACACUCCUAAGAAAGCCGUGUUUUCCAUAACAUUCUUUGGCAUAUUCUUACCAACACUGUUUGUAGGUGUACUGGGUAUGCUACUAGCUGCAAUUGCAGCUAGUUACGAACCUUGGUAUGUCAUGUACGAAAAGUAUGGUAUGGGUGGUCUAUUGCAUGCGGGAUUUCAAAGAUGGAACGGCUUUGGUAAAUUCUGUGUUGUUAUUUUGAUAUUCAGUCUAGUCUCAAACAACAUUGUGAAUACUUAUUCUGCCGCUUUCUCCAUCCAGCUUGCCAGUGUAAGGCUAGCCAAGAUCCCACGUUGGGUAUGGGCGAUCGUGUGUACUGUUGUAUACGUGGUAUGUGCACUAGUUGGACGUGAACACUUUAGCACCAUUCUGAGCAAUUUUUUACCGAUGAUUGGCUAUUGGAUCUCCAUGUACUUCAUUCUAUUGUUUUUAGAGAACGAACUCUUUAGGAGAUUCUUCUUGCAUCUGUACACUAAGGAAUUUCCACCGGCCUCUCAACAAGAGGAUGAACAAGAGGAUGCAGUGGAGGAAGAAGGGACUAAACAGAAACGUUAUUAUAGAAAACAUAUCCUCGACUACAAGAGAGAGCACAGAAGACAACACCACAGGUACAAUUGGGACGAUUGGGACAACUACAAUGUCCUGACCCAUGGCUAUGCAGCCACUGCGUCGUUCCUAGUUGGAAUAAUUGGGGUGGUCAUCGGUAUGGCCCAGACCUACUGGGUUGGCCCAGUCGCAAAGCAUUUUGGCGCAUACGGUGGAGAUUUAGCAAUGUGGCUAUGCAUGGGAUUUUCAGGGAUCGCAUUCCCGUUACUUCGUUACUGGGAACUGAAGAGAUACGGUCGCUAA